AUGUCAUAUUUUGAGAAGAGUCUCGACUCUUUCUCCUUCUUUUUUCUUCUUCUUUGUCUUCUUUUUCUUCUCCUUUGUCUUCUUUUUCUUCUUCUUCGUCUUCUUUUUCUUCUUCUUCGUCUUCUUUUUCUUCUUCUUUGUCUUCUUUUUCUUCUUCUUUGUCUUCUUUUUCAUCUUCUUUGUCUUUUUCUUCAACUACUUUUACAAAUAAUUAUCGUGCCACAUCUUUAUAUCUUCAUAUUAUUAUUGUUGUUGUUCUUUAUUUCUUCUUCUUCUUCUUCUUCUUGUUAUUGUUCCCCUUUUGUCAUUUUUAGUAUUCAAACGUAUCUAUUCCAUUUUUCUUUCUUUCUUUCUUUCUUUCUUUCUAUUUCUAUCUUUAAUUUGUAUCUGCUGUUCUUCUAUGCUUCAUCGUUAUCUAUUCCAUUUUCUUUCUCUCUUCCUCCCUUUCUUUCUUACAUUCUUUCUUUCUUUUUUUUCUUUCUUUCUUUCUUUCUACUUUUUCUAUCUAUCUCUAUCUUUAAUUUGUAUCUGCUAUUCUUCUUACACGUCUCCUGUUGUUGUUUUUCAUCAUCAUCAACAUAUUCUUCUUCUUCUUCUUCGUCUGUUCUUCCUCUCCCUCUUCUCCCCUUUCUUCUCCUUUUUCUUAUUAUUGUCCCCCUUCUGCCAUUUUUAAGUUUCAUCCUUAUCUAUUCCAUUUUUCUUUCUUUUUUUCUUUCUUUCUUUCUUUCUUUCUUUCUUUCUUUCUUUCUUUUUACUUUUUCUAUCUCUAUCUUUAAUUUGUAG